AUGGCCCCCCGGAAGCCUAGGUGCAACUUCAAGGAGUGCAAGGAGGCUGCCCAGCGAAUCGUUGGAGACUGCAGCUUCUGCCGCGGCCAUUUCUGCUCCAAGCACCGGAUGCUGGAAGCCCACUCCUGCUCCGGGCUGGAGGACUGCAAGAAGGAAUCCCACGCCCGCAAUGCGGACAAGUUGAACAGCGAGCGGACGGUGGUCGUCAAGGGGGUAUGA